CUUUUUUAGAGAGCAGAAUGGAUCAAAUUCAUGGGAGCAUAUGCAAAUGAAGAAGCUAGAGCCAAUCAAGUGUAUUCUAAGAUUAAGGAGAACUAUUUGUGCUUGGCUAACAUCACAAACAAUCGAACAUCCUUUAAACCAAUAGUAGCAUGGAUGAAGUAUUCUGAUGGCGUUUGGGCUUUUUCAAAGAACGCGUAUAAGUUGAAGUAUGUGGAAGAUGCUGGUGGAGAAAAGCUUGAUGCAAACAAGAACUCUUAUAAUGUCUCUGAUCCUGAUGAUCUGGACGAACUGCAUGCCAUCUUAUGUACUGUGGAAGUGGUGAUUGAUGAAACAUUAACUUUUGAUCCAUUCAACUAUACAGUAUCAACAUUUCUCCAAAAUUUGAAAGUUGAAGAUCAUUCUUGUUUCUCCUUUCUCACAAAUACAAGCUUAUGGAGACAUGACAAAAGGAUUCAAAAUAAUGCAACUCUGGACUGGUUCAAUGGAGGAGUCUCUCAACCUCAAUUGGUACUAGCCGAUCUUAUUGAAGUUUUAUUUCCCACUGGAAAUUACAGCACAACAUACUUCAGGAAUCUCGCAAAGGGAGAAGGACCUUCAGAUAUUGGUUCUGAAACGUGUGAGAGGGACGCUUCCAUUGCAUUGGAACCUACAAUAGUAGCCUGCGGAUGAUUGUGUUUCUGCUUCAAAGAUAGGUCUUUUUGGUUAAUACUAUUCUUUUUAAAUUUGAUUUUCAAAAUAUAGGAUAUAUACAUUUUUUUCGUUAUUGUUAUGUUUUUUGCACUUAUCACAGCAUAUACCUAAAGGCUAGAAUGUAACAUCGUUUUCCUCAAUCAGAUGACAAUAGUGAACUAUUUUCUAUCCUCCA